CUUACAAGACUCCCUCACUUCGCCUGCAUUCUCUCUCUACCCGCCGAGCUGCGACACACGCACACAUGCCUGAAAGACUCGACCAGCGACACAGACUAUCCGGCUAGCAACCAGGCUUCAAACAUUAUUGGAACUGGGACGUUUGGGUGUGGGAAUACCAUUGUGGAAGGAGAGGACUUCAUCUGAGAACUUCACUUUUCACCUUUGGAGUUAUUGGGUGUUCAAUGACAUGCCCAAUUUGGUUGAAUUCUUAUGUUCUUCAACAAGCACCUUAACAGAGGAGGAGGGUUGAAUGCUGCUGCUGCUGCUAUUGGAAUGGAAUCGAUCCCAGAUGGUUUGAGAAUUGCAGAGGAGGAGACACCAUCAACUGGAAGUUCCCAGUCCCAGAUUAAUCACAACAACAACAGAGUUUGUGGGUACAUCGAUUGUGGUGUGCACAUCACUUGCUUCUCUGAGGUCUCCGACAACGGCACCCUCCACUUUCAGAUCAUUCGUCUUCACAAGCAGAUAUAUGCAUGGAUCGGUUGCAAUUCUGCCAAAUUUGGACAUCUAUAUGCUGCUGCACCUACACGACCUAACAACACAGUGAGUGUUACGUCCCUACUUGGAGGGGCUUCUGAUAAUACCGGAUCUGGUAUUGCUCGUCGAUUAGCAUUGAAGACUGGUCUUAACGUAAUAGUGGCUUGUAACAUUCCAAAGAAUAGCCCCAUGCUUGAGGCAGAUGCGGAGAAAAAGUUGGUGCAGAAGUUAAUCAAUCUGGGGUACACAAGGCCAAAAUCUGAUGGGACAUCUCCUUAGCAUACAGGUGAGGCUCGCAUGCUACACAUGAAGAAAGGAUUAGCUUUUUUUGUGGUGAUUCUGCUGGCAGCAAUCCAAGCCAAAAAAAUUCCAUAUGUAGAGGUUAUAGCACCAUUUAUGGAUCGUGUGAGAACCCCUCCCUUUUUUUUUUCAUUUUGUUUGUCCUCUAGCAAUCUUUUGAAAAGAUUUGAUCCAAAUGUAACUGUUAUAUUGUAGAUUAUACCUUACGAAUCUUAACAAUAUUUGUAUAUUGUCGUGUCAUUUGCCUUCAAAGUCGUCAUCGUUCUUUGCUUUCUGUUUAUUGGGCAGGACGAUCAUUUUGGAAGAUUUUAU